AUGUAACCAUAAUCUAAAUAAUCAUAAAAAGAAGAUGAACACUGUUAAGUGGAAGAUCACAUCUUGAGAAAAUUUGAACUACUUGAACUCAAAGGAAAAGGAGCUUAUGGAGUUGUUUGGAAGGCAGUUGAUCGUAAAACAAAAUAGGUUGUUGCAUUGAAGAAAGUACUUUAAGUUAUAAUAUAAUAGAUAUUUGAUGCAUUUCAUAAUGCAACAGAUUCACAAAGGACUUUUCGUGAAGUUAUUUUCUUAGAAUAAUUAGUAAAUCAUGAAAACAUCAUUAAAUUAAACUCUGUUAUUAAAGCAGAAAAUAAUAAAGAUCUGUAUAUGGUAUUUGAAUUUAUGGAAACAGAUCUACAUAAAGUAUUGACAUUUAAUAAUAAUAUUAGGUUAUAAGAGCAAAUAUCUUGGAGCGUAUUCAUAAAAAAUAUAUAAUAUACUAAAUACUCAAAGGACUCAAAUAUCUUCAUUCUGGUGAACUUAUACAUCGAGACUUGAAGCCUUCCAAUUUGUUAAUCAAUUCAGAAUGCAAAGUCAAAGUUGCUGACUUUGGUUUGGCAAGAAGUGUUGCUAAACCAGAUGAUAAUAGUAAGUGUUGUUACUAUAACAUUACUUAGGCCAACCAAUUCUUACUGAAUAUGUUGCUACUAGAUGGUAUAGGGCUCCUGAGAUUUUGUUGGGUUCCUAAAAUUAUUCUAAAGCAGUUGAUAUGUGGAGUUUGGGUUGUAUCUUGGGUGAAAUGAUAAUAGGGAAGGCUGUAUUUCCUGGAACUUCAACAAUAAAUUAAAUAGAAAGGAUUAUAGAGUUGAUUGGUAAACCCAGAUAAGAUGAAUUGGAUGCUUUACAAGCUCCUCUUGCUGAGUAAGUAAUUUCAAGUAUUGCUAAUUAAAAGAAGAAAAGCAUAAAAUAAUUAUUUGCUUCAGGUCAAGAUGAUGAUGCUAUUGAUUUCAUUAGGUAAUGAAAUGAAUUUAAAAGUAGGAAAACUCUGAUUUAUAAUCCAUAUAAAAGAUUGACAGUAGAGUAAGCAUUAAAUCAUCCUUAUGUAAAAGAAUUUAAAGGGACUGAAGAUGAAAUCUCUAGAGGUAUUACUAAUUUAGACAUAUCUUAGAUAGUGCUAUUGAAGCUUUAAUGGAUGAUAAUCAUAAAUAUACAGUAAAAGAUUAUAGAGAUGCUCUUUAUUCUCAUAUAACUUAAAAGAAGAAGUUGGAACACUAAAUUGUGAUUCGUAAUUUAAAAAAUGUUCCUGUUAAUAUAAGCUCUGAGAAAUCUACAUCACCUACUAAAAAGGAUUCCUCUAUUAAAAAAAGUAAGGAUUCAGAACCAUCUAAUACUGAUAUUAGUGAUAACAAAUAAUAUGAAUCAUAACAUAUAAAUCGAACUAUUCAUCAUAAAACUCCAUCUUAUACUUAAUAAAUACGAAAAAAUACAUCAUCACAAGAACAUAUAUAUCAUAAUGAACCUUAAAAUUAAUUCAAUUAUUAAAGUCCUAAUAUGAUGAUGUAGAAAAAACAAUCAUAAUCAAUUUUCCCUAAUGUUGAUAGUGGUAGUCCAUUAAAAUAAAUUCCUAGAAAAUAAUCAAUGUAAAAUAUUUAAAAUAGUGUCUCGACUGUUUUAUAAAAUACAAUAUCAUAAAACCUAUAAAAUCAAAGUUCUUUUUAGGUCUCUCAACAUUAACUCUCAAGAAAAGGUUCAUAAGGUAGUAUUUAGAAAUCAUCCUCGACAAAAAUGAUAGCAACUAAUUAUAACUCAAUAUUUUAACAAUUAAGUAAAAUCAGAAAAUGA